AUGGACCAGGCCGCGAGCGUCGACGGCGUCCUGCGCGCGAGGUUCGAGGAUAGCACAGCGACAUGCGCGACGAUCGAAGAGUGCACGGGGCGCACCUGUGGCGCGUGCACAGGGGCAGCAUCCAACCGCUGGCAUUCAGUGUCGCAGCGCCUGCUCUGGCACGAAGCCAAGCGCGUGCACCAGCGCAUCGAAACGGCAUUAUCCGCCGCCGUCGAGCACGCGCGCCCGGCGGACGAGUCAACCCCCGGCGGCGCGUCUGGCCCUCGGCACAUUGACGACAUCACCGCGCGCCCGCUGGUCGCACUGGAAGCCGGCGCGGCGUCGAUCGGAUACGUCGUGGCCGCGCUCGCCUGCAUUCAGGCGCGGUGCGCUUUCGUGCCGGUCGACAGCAGCUGGACAGCGGCACGCAAGCGCGCCGCGUACGCCACCACGUCCCCGACCCUCAGGAUCCAAGUUAUACCCGGCCAACAGUCCCCCGCGCCCGCCACGUCGCCGCGGAACGCGCCCCGCGACGCCGACGCCCGGGACCGCGUCCCCAGCGGCGCCACCUUCGUCGCAAACGAGGCCUUCGGCGCAUCGAGGUUCGCCCUCAGAAUCGAGCCCACGGCAGCAGACGGAAACACGGCGACGCGCAGCCGUGCGCCCAGCGACCUCGCGCGCACACGCAGGCCCGUGCGCGACGACGGCUCCGGUACCCUCGCGCUCGUGAUGACGUCCGGCAGCUCGGGCGAGCCGCGGGCUGUCGAGCUCACUGACGCGAACGUCCUGCGACACGAGCGCUGGUGGCGAACGCUGCCGUUCGAUCGAGGGACCGUGGGCUCGCACGGGCGCCCGGAGGGCGAGGAGAGCCGCGCGGGGGGCAUCUCCAGCGAGAUCGCCGUCUUCAAGGGACCGAUAGGGUUCGUCGACCACCUCGUGGAGUGUCUCCUUCCAUUGCUGAGCAAUACGCACAUCCUUUGCGUAUCCGAUCGCGCCCAGCGCCCCCCGUCCGCCGCAGACCUCCUCCGCGCGCGGUCCACGCACGCCUUCAGCCGCCUCGUCGCCGUGCCGACGCUCUGGCGCCAGCUCGCCGCGCUCAGCGCGGGGGAACUGCGCGGCACUCGCGCUCCGCUCACCGCCGUCAGCAGCGGCGAGGUCCUCGACAACCGCCUCCUGCGCGCUCUCCAGCGCGCCAUGGGCGUCGCGGCGGAGGCCAGAGGCCCAGACGGCGGCCUCGUGACGGACCGGCAGCACAUCGUCAACUCUUACGGCUGCACGGAGCUGGCGGCAAACUGCUGCUUUGCGGACGUGACGGACUGGCCGGCGGAGGACGCGACUGGCGCUGCCCCCGUGCUCAGGCUGCGGGGACCGGUCGGCGGGGGUCGCGCGGACACCGCUGUCGCGGACGGCGCGCGCGUGGAGUGCGGAGCGCAGCCGGCGGGGGUCGAGGCGGGGACGGCGGUGUGCGUCGUGAGGUUCGCCCGCGAGGACGAGGCGCGCCUGGCGAACGAAGGGCGGGUCCUCGUGGCGGGUGCGUGUGCGGCGACGCGGUAUAGCGGCUUGCAGGCGACACAUGCCUCGCGCGUGGCCGUCACGGACGGGUCUGCGGCACCUGAAUACGACGUGGAGUUGACGGAGAAGGUCAAGGAAGGGUACUGCUGCGUGACCGGGCCGCGAGUAGGACGUUUCGAAUCGAGAGAGAACGGGUUGAAUGAACAUCGAGCUUUCCUGACUCCGGAUUUCGCCGACGUCGUCCCGGACCCUGCCCGGGCUGGCCACGCAGUUGUGGUGCAGGGGAGGCUGGGGAAGCAGGGCGUGGUGAACGUGCGCGGCGUGCGCGUUGCACUGCGUGGCGUAGCAGCUGACGUGGAAAGACUCCCCUCCUGGCCAAGCCGGUCAGACGGGACCCCCCUGCGGGCGCUGGUGCGCGCGGUGCACGCGUGCGACCUGCAGAACGGCGCCGCCGUCGUGGCGCGCGCGCGGAACGCGCCGAGCCCGGACGGAGUCGUUGUAUUUGCGGAGGGAGGGGAAGUCGAGGAACCAGGGUCUGCGUUGAACGCGUUUGGCGAAGAUGACGGCGAGGGUGCGCGGGACGUCGUUGGGGAGCGCGGCGACGUCGCGAUCAGGCGGUUUCCGAGCGGGAUGUGUCAGCAACUCAGUCGAGAGAUGGAGAAGCACAGCGCAGUCCCGAAAGAAGGAUUCCCGAUGGCGUGGUGCCUCAUAGUCGGGCGGACGCCGGUCGGCGCGACGGGCAAGACCGACAUCUGGGCCCUCCCUCUGCCGCCCCUCGCCUGGUGCGGGCACGUCGACCACACGGCCGGACCCGCCCCCGCCGACGAUCCGCCGCCACCGCCGGACCUCACGUCUGCCUCCGGCAAAUUCCAAUUCGCGUUGCAGCGUGGCCGCAGCGAUGCCGCGGAGCGCCUGGCGGUGGCGGCGUUUGCGCAGGUGCUGCCGCGCGGCAGCGCGGUCGUCGAGCCCACGACGGACUUCUCGGCCGCUGGCGGGGACUCUCAGGCCGCCGCGGUCGCCGGCGCGCUGCUCAGCAUCCCCGCGCUUGCACUGGCGGUCUGCGGCACGCCGCGGCGGCUCGUGGCCGUGGGAAGCCGGCUCGCGAUGCGCCCAGCGCGGUGGACGGAGUCCGCGGCUUGGCAGGAGGAGCACGUGAGGCUGGAGCGCGAGGGCAGGCGGACAGCACCGACGGCGCUAGCGUCGUUCGAGCCAGGCUGGCGCGCGGGCAUGGCGCAGUGCGUGGACGCCGCUGGGCUGCGGUUCCCGCGAGAGGGCAGGGAGCCAGGCGUCGCUCACGCGAGGUUCGCGUUCGGGUCGCAUGGGGGGGAUCUAUUGAUGGUAGAAUACGACGCGUCCUCGGGCACGUUCAGGACAGCGCUCAAGAUCGACGACCUCUUCGUGGCGGGUGCGAGGAUCGUUGCCCCGCCUCGUUUGCUACCGGCGACGGUCCACGGGCAGCCUGGAGGUCAGUCUGACCUGAAUCAGGAAACAGGGAACGAACGCACGGGAGUCAAACGAGCCAAGAUACACGGAGGGCCGCCGCGGCCCAUGGCGCGCGAGGAGUUCGUCGUGGUCGCGAGCCACCUAGGAGAGAUUGCGGUCCUGGAUGCGACAACGCAGAACGUCGUGUGGCGUACGGAGUGUCCCGACGGCCUCCGCUCGAGCUCCGCCUGCAACUGGAUCAGCGGGCUCGGCGUGUGGGUCCUGCACGCGUCUGGGCGCAAGGCGACCGUCGUCAAUCGCAAUGCGCUGGGCCGCGUCACGAGGCGAGACGUGGAGCUGCCGGGACGGCUGUCCGCGCCGCUGGCCUUCGCGGCGGUUUCCAACACCCACAGCUGCGUCUCCGCGGCGUCGGAGCCUGCAGCGGGCUCCGGAGACGCCCCGACGAGCGCGGUUGCAUACUGCGCCUUUGCGGGCACUGCGACGCCGCGCGGCGUCCCCCUCAUGAUCGAACUCGACACCUUCUUCGCUGGACACGACGAAGAAAGAGAGCGGCAGCGCGAUUUCGUGCACAGAGCGCUCAGGGACCGCGGCCCCGGCAGCGAAUCGCGCCGGGCAAUCAACGAACAAGAGGUCGGGCAGUUGGACGCGGUGACACUGGGGAGCUUCAAAGCGGGCCCCGCGAUGACGGCUCCGGUCCUGGCGCCCGCGCUCCUGUGUCCGGACGCCCGGCGCGACCCGCGCGUCGCCGUCUUUUUCGAUGCCGCAGGCCACGCGGUUGCGAUGCACGUCGCGACGUGGCGCGAGGCGUGGCGGCACGACCCGGCGUCGCUGGACGCCGGCAUCGGUGAUGUCUGCGACCCAGGGGUGAUGUUUGCGCCGACAGUCGCGUCGGCGGGGCAGAGCUUGCCGCACGUGGUAUGCGUGGGGCGCGCGGGAGGGUCGCUGACGUGCCACUGCGACGCGACGGGCCGGUGCCUCGGGUCGUAUCACGCCGGCCGCGGCAAGAUCACGUCGGAGGUCUGCAACGUCGGCGGCGGGGGGGGGAGUGAAAAAGGCCCCGACGUUGCGUUCAACACCGAGGCCGGGGACGUGGUCGUCGCCCGGAUCCGCGAGGCCGGCGGAGGACGCGCGGUGGAGGUCCUGGGUCUCUGCUGCGUCCGGCUGCCUGCGCCGAGCUUCUCCGCCCCGUGCUUCGUGGAGCUGGCAGGGCUGCGCGUGGGAGGGGGGUCGUCUGGGCGGGCGACGCACGCGGUGGUCGUUGGGGCGCGCGACGACGGCGUUCACGGGGCGCACAUAGUCGUCGACGCGCGGGAUGACAUAAGCCGCGAGAAGAAAGACGAAGAGAAGAACCGAAGUGUUGGAACUUGA